UUCAGGAUAUGAACCUAUAUUCUUUGUACACUCAGAGUUGCCACUGAAAUCAAUUAGAGUUUUGGACAUCACAAGAAAAGAAAGACAAGAUUCCUAGUAUCUAAAUGAAAACUGCAAAAAUGCUUGGAUAAAGGGAUGCAGCUGUGUGGUUUUAGGAGCAAGUGAACUCAUACAUGACAGAAUCUGGAACUAGAGGUUGUUCCCAUAAUGGGGAAGAGAGACAAAACCACGUUUUCUUGUUUGGAGGUGAUACUUAUUGUUCUCUUGGUGUUGAUGACGGCAGUUACAGUGACCCUCCUAGUUCUCCACUUUGUCUCUGACAAGAGCACAUCUGAAAUAAACAAUGUGUCAACAUCCACAUCUAGCCCGGGUUACAACUUCACAUCAACUCAACAUCCUUCAACUGUUGGCUCAAAGAACUACUUAAUUGGGGUUGGCCGGGCUGAUUGCACUGGGCCUAUUGCAGAAAUCCCUUUGAUGGGUUAUGCCAGUCCUGACCAGCUGGCUGGUGGGAUCCUGUCACGACUAUACAGUCGAGCUUUCAUUGUGGCCGAGCCUGAUAAUUCCAAAAGAGUGGUGUUUGUUAGUGCUGACAUAGGGAUGGUAUCCCAAAGACUUAGAUUAGAGGUACUCAGUCAACUCAAGAGUAAAUAUGGGGAUCUAUACAGACAAGACAAUGUUGUAUUGAGUGGCACUCACACCCAUUCAGGGCCUGCUGGGUACUUCCAAUUCACGCUUUUUUUGAUAACUAGCAAGGGGCUUAUUGAGCCAUCCCUUAAAGCCAUCGUCAAUGGCAUUGUCAAGAGCAUUGAUAUAGCACACCAGAAUAUGAGGAAAGGAAGGAUUUUUAUCAAUAAAGGCUUGGUAGAAAACAGCCAGAUCAACAGAAGUCCUUACUCUUACCUUCAGAACCCACCACUUGAAAUACGCAGGUAUUCAUCAAAUACAGACAAAGAAAUGGUGAUGCUGAAGAUGGUUGAUGUGAGUGGACAGGAGCUAGGCUUUAUCAGCUGGUUUGCUGUUCACCCAGUCAGCAUGAACAACACAAAUCAUCUUGUAAAUAGCGACAACAUGGGGUACGCAUCUUACCUGUUUGAACAAGAGAAGAACAAAGGACUGCUUCCCGGAGAGGGUUCCUUUGUAGCAGCCUUUGCAUCAUCUAACCUGGGAGAUGUGUCACCUAAUACCAAAGGCCCACACUGCAUAAACACAGGAGAGUCUUGUGAUAACCCCCAAAGUUACUGCCCUGUAGGUGGGGCCAAAAUGUGCAUGGCUGUGGGUCCUGGCACUGAUAUGUUCGACAGUACAAAAAUUAUAGGGCAAAAUAUCUAUUUGAAAGCAAAGGAACUGUAUGCAACAGCUUCCCAAGAGAUAACAGGAAAUCUAAGUUCAGCUCACCAGUGGGUAAACAUGAGUGAUGUCACCGUCCAGUUCAAUGCCACACACACAGCUAAAACAUGUAAACCGGCCUUGGGCUACAGCUUUGCUGCAGGUACUAUUGAUGGAGUAGGAGCUUUCAAUUUCACACAAGGUGCUGUAGAAGGAGAUCCAUUCUGGGAUGCUGUUCGUGAUCAGCUGCUUGGAGUACCAUCCAAUGAAACGAAAGAUUGCCACAAACCUAAGCCAAUCCUUUUUAAUACAGGAGAGAUGUUGCUCCCUUAUCCCUGGCACCCUGAAAUUGUUGAUGUUCAGAUCAUUACCAUUGGGUCCGUGGCAAUUCUUGCUGUUCCAGGAGAGUUUACAACGAUGUCUGGGCGUAGACUGAGAGAGGCUGUUAAAAGUGAAUUUGAAUCCCAAGGGACACAUGGAAUGAAUGUUGUAAUUGCAGGCUUGUGUAAUAUUUAUACCCAUUAUAUUGCAACCUAUGAAGAAUAUCAGGUUCAGCGAUAUGAGGCAGCAUCCACCAUUUAUGGGCCACACACACUAUCUGCUUAUAUUCAGCUGUUCAGAAGGCUGGCAAGGGCUAUAGCUAAGCAUGAAGUUCAGGAUUUACCCAAAGGUCCAGAGCCACCAUUUUUUAAUGUAACCAACUUGACAUUGUUACCCACUGUUUUACCUGAUGUAGCACCACUGAAUAAAACAUUUGGAGAUGUAUUACAGGAAGUAAAACAACAUUACCGAGUGGGAGAAGUUGUUGAAGUAACUUUUGUAAGUGCAAAUCCCAGAAAUUGGGCAGAUGAUAUGACUGAUCACACCUUCCUUACAGUAGAGAAAUAUGAGAAUGUUUCUAGAAGCUGGCGUGUAGUACAUAAUGAUGCCUCCUGGGAAACCAGGUUUUACUGGUCCAAAGGAUUACGUGGUCACAGCAAUGCUACAAUAGAAUGGCAUAUCCCAAAUACUACUGAACCAGGUGUCUAUCAAAUACAAUACUUUGGGUACCGUAAGGUAAAACCACCUUUGAAGCCAAGUGUGUUUUAUCCAUUUAAAGGCACAUCUUCAGCAUUUGAAAUACUAAAAUUGUAGUUGCCCUCUUGUCAAAAAAAGUCGCUUCCUUUAAAGAAUGUAAACAAUUCAGAUGUUAUGCACAUCCAUAAUUAGAAGUUGUUCUUCCAGUGUAUAUACAGUAUAUGUAUUGGUUGUUGGCACUGUUUUGGAGUGGGGACUGUUUUAACAUAUUCGCUUUGAGAACAGGCUGCUUCCAACCUGAGCCGUGCUGCUAGAGUUGGAAUCGUUGCUCACCUUUGCAGCCUUUCCACUACUUCUCCCACUGCAUGGGCAGACCCCUCAACCACAAAAACUUUUCCAAAAUCCUCUGGCACUGUGAGUUGGGUAAAACGGCUCUGCAGGCCAUAGGUUGCUGACUGCUGAGAUAUAUAUGUAAUUUAGAGUUGUCCUUAGAUUAUUGUAUAAUGUAUACUCCAGUUUGUGCUUGUUAAUGUUUUGACUAUUUUAGUCUUCAAUCAUCUUUGACUGAUUUAAUGUAUUUUUGUUGUGGUUGCUCAUGUCUGUCCUCUUCUCAUACUAGUCAACUCUCAUUCCAAUAAAUAAUUGAGUGGUUUUCAU